CAUCCGGAUCGCUUCAAGAUAUCAAGCAGCCUUGGACUUUCUCUCUUUCUGCGAUUCGAGCGACACAGGAGGAUAGAAGAUUUGGAGGAGGCAGUCGAGCUUCAUCGUGCUGGUCUGGAAUUAUGCCCAGAUGACCAAUUUCAUCUUUCUAUGUGUUUGGAAGUUUUAGCGAAUGCUCUGGUAGCUCGCUUUCAAUGGCGUGGACAGACCACAGAUCUCGAUGAAGCCAUCGAGCUUUAUCGUGCUUCUCUGAAGCUUCGCUCCGGCGGGCAUCCCUUUAAUUCCAAGACUCUAAACAACCUCGCAGUUUCCCUUCAAAUCCGAUUUGAGCAGCACGGACGUGCCACAGACAUUGACGAGGCUAUCGGGCAUCAUCGGACAGUCCUCUUAUUUUGUCCUGACAGCCAUCCCGAACGACCUGCGUCUCUGAAUAAUCUUGCAAAUGCCCUUCGUACUCGAUUCGAAUAUAAUGGGCGGAUCGCAGACCUUGAUGAAUCCAUCGAGUAUCGUUAUGCUGUCCUGAGACUGUGCCCCGAUGACCAUCCUGAUCGCCCCAUGUAUCUAACCAACUUUGCAAUUUCACUCCGAACUCGAUUUAUCCAGCAUGGACGGACCGCGGACCUCGAUGAUGCCAUCGAUCAUGUUCGUACCGCCUUACGACUUUACCCUGAUAGCCACCCAAACCGUUCCACUCCUCUAAGUUGCCUUGCAUCGUUCCUUCGAACCCGCUUUGAACAGUAUGGACAGAGCAAGGAUCUUGAUGAAGUCAUUGAGCAUCACCGUACUGCCCUAAAACUUUGCCCUGUCGGCCAUCACGAUCAUUCUUUGUCACUGAAUAAUCUUGCAGCUGCCCUUCAAAUUCGUUUUCAACAGCGUGAACUGACCGCGGACCUCGAUGAGGCCAUCGAUCAUGUCCGUCUUGCCUUGCUUCUUUGUCCCGAUGACCAUCCGGAACGUGGCAUAUUUCUGACUAAUCUCGCAGACGCCCUGCUAGCUCGAUUUAAACAGCAUGGACGGAACACAGACCUUAAUGAGGCCAUUUCGCAUCGCCGCACUGCCCUACAACUCUGCCCCGUCAACCAUUCUUUAUCUCUAUAUAACCUUGCAACUGCCCUCAUGACUCAAUUUGAACAGCACGGACGACCUGGAGGCUUUGACGAGUCUUCUGAGCUUCAUUGCGCUGUCCCGCAACUUCGGCCCGAUAGUCAUCUUGACCACUCUACGUCUCCGAGUAACUUGGGUUCAUCAUCGCUCUCUUGCGUCGAUAGGUUUGGGCUCACAGACAGUUUUGAAGAGUGUAUGCAAUUAUUCGAACGUGCUGCCGAACAUGAGUUUUCUAGCUUGGUGAUACGCCUUAGGAUCGCCAGGCAAUGGGCUAACUUUGCUCGGAGUCAUGCUCACCAUACUACUCCUAGAGCUUACAAGGCAGCAAUGAGCCUCUUGCAACAGAUCCUCAUUAUUAGUCCCACACUUCUCGCACAGCACGACGUCCUCACGGGGAAAAACAAAUGUGGAACACUUGCACUAGACGCGGUAGCUUUUGCUAUAGAGAUAAACAGGCUUGAAGAGGCUGUAGAGACACUUGAGCAAGGAAGGUGUUUACUCUGGUCGCAGAUGCGUGGCUUUAGGACACCUCUAGAUCGCCUAUCAGAAAUAAACGGAAAGCUUGCUGACAGGUUUAGGAAUGUUAGUCAGCAGCUGGAGAGUCUUACAACAUCAUCUAACGGAUUGCAGUCUGGUCCAAGCACGGCUGGAAGCAGGUCAUUUAUACUGGAUGUGCAUAGAGAACGGGAACUGUUCGAGGAGAAGCUUAAGCUGAAGAAGCAACUCUCAAGUGAGCAGAAGGAUGCUAUUUCCGAGAUACGCCGAGUCCCUGGCUUUGAAAACUUUCUGACAGCUACACCGUUCAAAAUACUCCAGCAGGCAGCUUCAGAGGGUCCGGUGAUUGUAGUCAACCAUAGCAGAUAUCGGUCCGAUGCACUCAUUGUCCUCCCACGCAAAGAUGUAGCAGUUGUCUGUGUCCCAUUAGAUGGAGAAUUUGGCAACGACAGCAUUAAGCUGUGUAUUGAACUCUUGGAAACACGGGCACAUUCCAAAGCUUCUUCAUUAGAAUAUGACAAGAUACUCCGCCGAGUAAAGAAGAUGUUAUGGGAUAGAGUUGUCUCCAAAGUCGUCAAGAAGCUUGAGGAGCUGGGGAUUCCCAGAGGAUCACGCAUAUGGUGGUGCCCUACGUUUGGACUUUCUGCUUUUCCUUUCUACGCAGCAGGACCCUUUGAGGAUGCAAACGGCACUGUGAAGUAUUUAUUGGAUGACUAUGUGUCAUCGUAUACUCCGACACUCGGAGCUCUCAUCAAUGCGCGGUCAAGGGAGAAUAUUAAUAUUGGUAAACCUACAAUGCUUAUUGUUGGCGACACAGUAACGCUUGGGUCUACUGAAGCUGAAGUUCGUGCUGUUCAAAAGAACACCUCAAAUUAUGUCUCAUCUCACAGAGUCCUUCUAAAUGAGAAAGCAAAUCGCGAGAAAGUGCUGAAGCAUCUGCAGAAAGCAACAUGGAUCCACUUUGCUUGCCACGGGCAUCUGGGGCGUGGAUCACUUGACUCUUCUUUCCGGCUCUCUGACGGCGGAUUGACAUUACUCGAUAUCAUCCGAGCUAACCUCCCGAACGCGGAGUUUGCAUUCCUCUCUGCUUGCCACACUGCUGAACAGGAUAUAUGUAGCUUGUAUGAUGAAAUCCUUCAUUUAGCUGCUGCUAUACAAUUCAGUAGGUUUCGAAGCAUGAUUGGGACAAUGUGGGAGCUAUUCGAUCCGGAUGGCCCUCUGCUUGCAAAAGAGGUUUAUUCAUACAUGGGAGGGUAUGAAGACGGUGAAGUGAUACAUAAGCGGUCCGCAGCCGCGCUUCGUAGAGCUGUUUUGAAAUUGAGGGAGGAGGGUGGUGUCAUGACGGAGCAAUGGGUUAACUUGGUACACAUUGGUGCUUGA